AUGGAAUUUUUGAAAGUGAAAAAUCUCUGGAGACCUCACAAAUCCAAGGCUAAAAAUCUUGAUCCGGAGGAGAGCAUGACACCGGAUACUGAGUUGAAGGCCGACAAUACUAAUGCUUCGCCAAAGGCAGUUGUUUGUGAUUCGGCUCCGGAUGUAGAGGAGGAUGAGGAUGAUGAUGAUUUGAUUACUAAUGAGAUAAAGAGGCGGCUGAAGGAGCUCAGAAGAAGCAAUUUCAUGGUUCUCAUUCCUGAAGAAUCAUGUCCAGAGGAAGAGGAAACAUGCUCGAGUGAAUGGAGAGAAUCGGAGGUGGAGGACGGUUAUCCAUGGUGCGGAUUUGACGCUUUGUAUGGCAAGUACUGUGAGCGGAUGCUAUUCUUUGACAAGAUGAGUGCGCAAAAGUUGCUGAAUGCUGGUAAGUUUUCGAGUUGGCAUCGUCAUGGUGAUUUAUCUAUACAGCGCCAAAAGAAAGUGUUCCAGUACAUUGGUUAAUGAUGAUUUUUUACGGACUUCUUCAUCCAAAUUGUAAAUGGUCAAUAUGCUAUUGCAGAAUAUUUUCUGUUAUAGCAGUUCUCAUCCAAGUUUUUGAACGUGAGCACAUUUUUGUAGCUUCGUGAUUCAGUCUUUCUUCCUUUAGAGCAGAAAUAAUUGGGUUAGUUGGGUUACCUUGAAAAUUCCGCGUGAAAUGCGUACAAAUGAAGGUUUUCUCUGAGAUAAUGUUUGCUAUCGUUGGGAAAGAACUUGAUUCUACAUGUUGCUCUUUAAAACGAGAUAUUUCGUCACCAGUCUGCAAUUCACAAGUUUUUUCCUUAUAACUUGUUGAAAGAUCAGCGGAGGAAGCUGGUGGGAUAUGGGGGGUGUGCCUGCGAGGUAUGCUGCGGCCUUGGUCAUGAGGACUAUUCAUUUCUUUCUUUCCCACUCUAACAGAGCUUAAUUCAUCCUUGUGCGGCGGGGGAAUCCCCAAUUUUCCCCAGGAAGAUAACAAAAAGGUAGAUAUAUGCGGGCUUCUCUUAGUUCCCUAGAAAGGUGCAAUUUAUAGAGCCACCCUCCUUCUUGAAGCUGUAAAUUUUCUUUCCAUGAAUUGAUUCUGUCUCGUUCUUUGCUGUGUUAUUAGCCUUCAAUCCUAUGGUGCUCUUGGGGAAUCGUUAUAUCAUUUAAAAAGUCUGGUGAAAUCCUAUGCCUAUGCAAUUGGCUUCAAACUUAAUUUUACCAAGUAGUUUAUAACAUGCCUACUGGCGAUUUUGAAAUUAAUCUGACAUGUGCAACCCUGUUUUGUUUAAUAAGUAUGCUCACCCGAUGUAUGGAAGCAUGGAGUACUUGUUCCCGUGCAGGUGGCCCGCUAUUUUUAUAUUUCGAAUUUUGUUGAACGGAUUAAUUAUUGGCUCUCCAGAAAUAAUUCAUUGGUUUCGCAAUAAUAUGUAGCUUACAUUGUUUUUUUGCGACCUUUGAAUGUGUUAAUUAUCCAGAAUUGGGCAAUAUCAGCUGUGAUAUCAUCCUAGAAUCAUGUUUUUCGGGGUAUCUUAAGAUUUUGUUUAUAUUUAUGUGUUUAUUUCCCGUCCAAGGGAGUGCUGUUCGUUCCAUAUUGUACGAGCUUCGUCAUUUUGACCGAUUUUUUACAGUUUCUGCCCCUUGCUCGAAUCCUGAAUGUUUCCUCUGAUAGGAUCCCAAAAUGUAUCAAGCACAUCUCCAAAAUCUGCGCCCAAGAAGCUUGUGUCAACUAUUCGAAGUUUAUCCUUCAAGAAGAAGAACGAACUGCAAGAGGAUGGUGGGCAACUGCAGCAGCAGCAGGAUGACGAGGAAGAUGACUACCAGAAUCUUGAGACAGUUUAUGUGGCACACGUUUGCUUGACUUGGGAGGCCCUCCAUUGUCGGUAUAUUCAGCUUAAAGAAAAGACAUCAUCACAGCCCGUGGAUCCCACCUUCUACAGCUUCGCCACGCAGGAGUUCCAGCAGUUUCAGGUUCUGCUUCAGAGGUUCAUAGAAAAUGAGCCCUUCGAGCGUGGCUCCCGGGUGGAGAUAUACGCCCAAUCUCGCCAUGCGAUGCCCAAACUGCUUCAGGUUCCUUGUCUCCAAGGUCUGAGGACGAGCUAUCUUUACUCCUAUUUUGGUGACUUCUGAGCUUCAUAUCUGGAGGGUUCAGUCGCACAGGACAUGUCUUUCAGGAACUGUGAUUCACGACCGUGAAAUACCUUUCGUUGAUUGAGUAAUUUUGCAGGGUUGGAACCGAAAGGCUACGAACAGGACGAUCUGGAGGGUUCUUCCACUGUUCUCGCCGCUGAUCUCAUGGAGGCCAUAGAAGAAGCGAUUUUGACAUUUCGCAUUUUCCUGAAGAUGGACAAGAAGAGAUCAUCUGGGUAUUUGAAUCUAUUUGGAGCUCACCAGUGCGCCAACUCCCUUCACCACGUCCAGAACUCCCUUGACAAGGUAGUCUGGUUUGUUCAUGCAGAGACCUGAGAUCAGCCCUCUGUCCUCCCUCUGCCCUCUACCGGCAGCAGCAUCCAGCAGCUGCCUCAUUCAAUGCAAUCCAGUCUGAAUUCCUGCAAUUGGCCGUGUGCAGAAGGAGAUGAAGCUGAAGGAGCUCAUCAGGAGGCAGAAGCGGGCGAAGAAGAAGAAGAAGCAGUGGCCGGCGACUGAGGAGGAAGUGGAGCUUCUGUUCGGGCUCAUCGACAUCAGGGUCGUCUCCAGGGUCCUGAGGAUGGCCAGGCUCAGCAAGGAGCACCUUCUGUGGUGCGAAGAGAAGAUGAGCAAGCUCCAGCUUUCCGACCAGCGCCUCCACAGGGACCCCUCCCCUGUUCUCUUCCCCUGCUGA